AUGACAACUUUCUACGUUCUCCGUCCUGAGGAUGGCCCACAGGGACUCUUCCUUGAUGAGCCCACAAGCAGGAAAAUCACAAUGAUCGCUGAGCUGCAGUCUCCGAGCAUUAACCCUGGUCUUCCCCCAUUCUACGCACACAUUUCACCUCAAUCCCCGGCCACCGUUACUCCCGUAACUCCCAUACAUACCGAACAACCAACCUCCCAUCUGGUAGACAACUGGAAAUACUGCUCCUCCCGAGGCAGGAAUGAAGUGGUCGUGGAACCAUUCCAUCCUCACCAUAACUGUGUUGUGGGAAGGAACGGAUCUGGAAAAUCUAACUUCUUCUUGGCGAUCCGUUUUGUGCGAGUGAUGAGUUCAUACAUGAGACCAGAACAACGACAGCAACCCCAUGAGGUAUUCCUCGAUAAGAAGAAUGUCACGAAGACAGAUGUGAUAAAUCGUUUAAUCUCUAUUUCCCCAAAGUAACCCCCCUACUACAUCGUGAAAAAAGGCCGAAUAAACCAGAUGGCUGUUGCACCGGACAGUCAGCGAUUGAAAAAGGGAUCUAAAGGAGGUACCUCAGCGGAGGAGCUAGCCCAGGUCGAAGAGCAGAAUCAAGACAGCUCAGAAGCACUCAACCAAGUAGUUCCCCAGUUCCACGAACAGAAGAAUCUAGAAGAAUCCUGCACUCUCAGCUGAGGAUCAACGAGCCAGAGAAGGACAGAGCUUUACGCCAAGAAGGGAAGAAAUCUGGAAUUCACGGAUCAAAAAAAGAGAGAUGAGUGGAUAAGUAGUGAGCUGAAAACGUACGGAUCAAAUCUCUCUGACAAGGAGGAGCAAACCAAAACUGUUGAAAAGGAGGUUACAGACACUAAAGAAAAGAUAGAGAAGAUAACAGAGGAUAUAAAGGAACGAAGUGAGAAUCUUGAGGAAAGAAAGAAGGAAAUAGAAGAGACUAACAAGGAGCUGGGAGAAGCGAAGAUUAAAAGAGACGAGGUUCAAAACAAACGAAAGGACCUGUGGAGACAGGACAGUAACUUUGAGCAGAGUCUCAAUACCAGCAAGGAACAGCUGGACGAGGCAGAACGUCAACUCCGCUCCACAGUCAGCAAGGCAUUUAACAACGGUAUAGAUGCCAUCAAGAAGAUUGUACGUGAGAAGAACAUCAGUGGCGUGUAUGGACCCCUUAUAGAGAACUUCAAAUGUAACGAGAAGUUCUUCACCGCUGUUGAAGUCACCGCUGGAAACAGGCUAUUCUACAUCAUAGUAGACACUGACAAGACAGCAUCACAAAUACUGAGCAUAAUGAACAAGAACAAAAUGAACGGUGAAGUUAACUUUCUGCCUCUUAACAGACUCACCUUCAAGGAAGUCCAGUAUCCCACAUCCAACGACGUUAUCCCGAUGGUAAGCAAGUUGGAGUACAACCAGAUCUUCAAACCAGCCAUGGAAACAAUAUUCGGCAAAACUCUCAUCUGUCGGAGUCUGGAGAUUGCGUCCCAGUACGCGCGUAACGAGCACAUGGAUUGCAUCACCCUUGACGGUGACCAAGUGUCUCGCCGUGGUGCGCUAACUGGGGGGUACUACGACAAGCGUAAGUCUCGUCUGGACUCACAGCGCCAGGUAUGGUACUGGCAGGCCAAGUUGGCGGAGGAGGAGACAAACGCUGGCAAGAUAAAGGGCGACAUGGAAGAAGUGGACUCCGAGCUCUCAAAGCUGGUAAGUGCAGUGCAGAAGUUAGAAACAAAGCAGAUUCAGCUAAGGGAAACUUAUGAGAGACAGAAAAUGGAUGUUCAGAACCUCAAUGUGGAGAAGAAACAGCUUGAAAAGCAUCUUGACACCAAGACCAGAUUAAAAUUGGCGCUAGAUGGAGAUCUAACUGCACUGAGAGGCACCGUGGCCUCACUCCAGCAGGAACUGGGAACCGAGCUUCUUUCUCAGCUCACUGAGACUGAACAGGAAGAAGUUAAGAAACUGAAUAAGGAAAUCGCCUCUCUUCAGUCUCAAAUUAGAGAUUCUCUCGAACGAAGGAGUAAAUUAGAAGUAGAGAAGAACAUGUACGAAAAUCUGUUGCACAAUAACUUAUUCAAAAGAAGAGAUCAGCUGUUGAGUAAUAUUGAUGAGUUGGGAAUGAGUGAGCGAAAACAGGAUUAUGAUAGUAAAAGAGCAGAGUUCUCUCAAGCGACCGAGGGAAUGGAAUCCACGAAGAAGCGAUUAGACUGGCUCGAGAAUGAAAUGGACGUAUACACGAAGAAAUGCAAAGAAUUGGCGACUCAGAUUGAACACAAAACAGGAAAAGAGAGGGAGAUUCAGGAAAGCAUUGAAGAAGAGAGCAAAAACAUGGAGAAAAUGGCAAACAAACGAGCUGUAAAGUUACGAAAGAAAGAGGAAGUGAUGAGAAAGAUCCGAGAGUUGGGGUCAUUACCAGCAGACGCUUUUGAGAAAUAUCAGAACAUGAGUUUGAAGGAGCUGUGGAAGCUCAUGAACAAGUGUAACAAUGAGCUGAAAAAGUACGCUCACGUGAACAAGAAAGCUCUGGAUCAGUUUGUAAGUUUCUCGGAACAGAAAGAAAAGCUUAUAGAGAGGAAGAAAGAGCUUGAUAAGGGAUUGGAUGCAAUCAAGAACUUGAUGGACGUUCUAGAGCACAGAAAACACGAAGCCAUUCAGCUAACUUUCAAACAGGUGUCCCACUUUUUCACAGAUAUCUUCAAGAAGCUAGUCCCUGGCGGUACCGCUACUCUAGUCAUGAAACGUUCAGAGUUCGACGAGGAGGGCAGUUCAGUCCCUCUCGUUGAGCAAUUCACAGGAGUUGGCAUCAAGGUCUCCUUCAGUGGAAAGGUUUCGGAGACAAAGGAAAUGCAGCAGUUAUCUGGAGGACAGAAGUCUCUGGUUGCUCUGACUCUGAUAUUCGCUAUCCAGAAGUGUGAUCCUGCUCCCUUUUACUUGUUUGAUGAGAUCGAUCAGGCGCUGGAUCCUCAACAUCGUAAAGCUGUCGCAGAGUUGAUAAGCAAACAGUCGGACACGUGCCAGUUCAUUACAACAACAUUCCGUCCUGAACUUGUCCAGGCAGCAAACAAGCACUACGGAGUGAUCUAUCGCAGCAAGGUGUCCCACAUCCAGCAAGUUACCAUGGAGGAAGCUCUGGACUUCAUCGAGGAUGAAGCACCUGACAAAAAACGUUCAGAGUUCGACGAGGAGGGCAGCUCAGUCCCUCUCGUUGAGCAAUUCACAGGAGUUGGCAUCAAGGUCUCCUUCAGUGGAAAGGUUUCGGAGACAAAGGAAAUGCAGCAGUUAUCUGGAGGACAGAAGUCUCUGGUUGCUCUGACUCUGAUAUUCGCUAUCCAGAAGUGUGAUCCUGCUCCCUUUUACUUGUUUGAUGAGAUCGAUCAGGCGCUGGAUCCUCAACAUCGUAAAGCUGUCGCAGAGUUGAUAAGCAAACAGUCGGACACGUGCCAGUUCAUUACAACAACAUUCCGUCCUGAACUUGUCCAGGCAGCAAACAAGCACUACGGAGUGAUCUAUCGCAGCAAGGUGUCCCACAUCCAGCAAGUUACCAUGGAGGAAGCUCUGGACUUCAUCGAGGAUGAAGCACCUGACAAAUAAACACCCAACAAACUGAUCGAAGUGAUUUCGAGUUUAUUUUGACGGACCAUCUCUAAUUGGAUUAAAUAAAUUGAUUA